AUGAAUGAUAACCUCAGACCUGUUGAAUUACGACACUGAGCGACAGUGUGAUUUUACGACAGAGAGAGAGUACGUUUUACGGCAGCUGUACGAAGUGCGUGUCUCGAGGACUGAAGCCUGCUAAUAAAGAGUUCUGAUUUCAACUAUCAAUAUAUCGCCACUCGUCAUUCCACAUGGUGUCAGAAGUGUCCCGGACAAGACCAACGUCGUGAAUGGAAUAAAAAGAAGAAGAACCAAGAGAAAUGGCAAAGUUUAAUCCGCCCGCCAAUUUUCCGUUUGAUAAGCCGUCGGAAUGGCCAGACUGGAGGCAGCGUUUCGAGCGAUACAGAAUCGCCACGAAGCUCAAUAAGGAUGAGGGGCCGGUGCAGGUGAGCUGCCUCAUCUACGCGAUGGGCGCUGAAGCGGAAAACAUUUUUAAGUCGUUUACAUUUAACGACAUGGCUGACAGAGAUAAAAUCGAGGUUGUCUUAGCAAAGUGCGAUGACUACUUUUUCCCGCGGAGGAAUGUGAUUCACGAAAGAGCGUGUUUUCACCAGCGCGUGCAGCGCACCGGGGAGAAAGCGGAGAGUUUUAUCCGAGCGCUCUAUGAGCUGUCUGAACAUUGCGACUUUGGAGCAGCCAAAGAGGAACACAUCCGUGAUCGGAUCGUGGUGGGGAUCCAGGAUAAAGAGCUCUCGCGCAGGCUACAGCUGAUGUCGGAUCUAACUCUGGCGCUUACAGUUCAAACUGUACGGCAAGCCGAAGAGGUCGCAGCACAAGUGAGUCUGCAAGGGGACACGGCAGCGUCGGUUCAAGAGGUUCGGCACAGGAAUAAAAACACAAACUGGAGACAACAGCAAAAAGCAGGCAAGUCAAACGCACACAGUAAAUGGGGGGAGCCAGUAAAGAAAUGUGGAAGAUGUGGAAAGCUGCCACACAGAGGAGAUGAAAGAUGUCCAGCUUCAAAAGCUAAAUGCCAUAACUGCCAUAAGAUGGGGCAUUGGGCCAGAGCAUGUCGCAGCAGCAGAUCAGUGAGUGAGGUCACUGAGAUGGAGAAGGAGAAAGGUGAGCAGACCUACUUUCUCGGCUCUGUAUGUAAUACAAAUGAAAAGGCUGAAGCAUGGACUGUGUUACUCCAAGUUGAAUCCUGUCCUGUCCAAUUUAAGAUUGACACAGGGGCUGAUGUUAAUGUGAUAAAUGAGGGCACUUUUCACACCCUGGACAAAGUAAAGGUGUUAAAGCCAUCUGACCUCCCACUAGACAGCCCUGGAGGAGAACUGUCAUGCCUUGGUUGCUUUGAUGCUGCAGUAUGCUACAAAGGCAAAAGCUACACAUCAAGGAUGUAUGUAGUACAUGGGAACAAAGUCAACAAUCUGCUCAGCCGCUCUCUGUCUGUUGAGAUGAACCUCGUGAGAAGAGUAGAUGAGAUCACAAACGGCACAAGUAAGCAAAUCGUCAGCAGACAGCUCUAUGGGGAGCACGGUGUUUUAAAAACCGACCCAGUGAAAAUAGAAUUAAAAGAAGGCGUCAUCCCACACGCAGUCCACACAGCAAGACGCGUUCCAUUUCCCAUGCUACAAAAAGUGAAAGAGGAGCUACUAAGGAUGGAGCAAAACGACAUCAUUAAACGUGUGACGCAACUGACAGAAUGGUGUGCUCCAAUCGUCCCGGUCUUAAAGAAACAUACAGGCAAGGCACGUAUAUGUGUCGACCUAACAAAACUGAACAAGUCAGUGAAAAGA